AAGUCAGGCUCCGAUUUCCAUCCUACGCGAAGCUCCCUUAGGUUUAUCUCAAUCUUGGCAUCUUUCGGCGGCUACACCGUCUCAGAUCUCCGGCCCAACUAUAACGCUGACUCUCUUACUGGGCUGAUCCAACUAUAAGUGAUUGUUCCACUUCAUCGGCAGCUAAUUCCAGAUUUGCAUUUUACAAAUUAGAGAUAAUUGUCAAGGACCGAGUCAUGAGUUGCUUUGACUGUUGUGAAGAAGAUGAUAUCCACAAAGCCACAGACAAUGGAGGCCAAUAUGUGGCUAAAAAUUCAGCAGGAAAUGAUGGAGGUUACCAUACAUCUGAAACUGCAUCGAAGAGUGCUCAAACGGUAAAGGUUCAGCCUAUUGAAGUCCCUGCUAUCCCUGCAGAUGAAUUAAGGGAAAUCACUGAUAGCUAUGGCACCAAUGCUUUGAUUGGAGAAGGUUCAUAUGGUCGAGUUUAUUAUGGAGUUCUGAAAAGUGGGCAGGCUGCAGCAAUCAAAAAGUUAGAUGCUAGCAAGCAACCUGAUGAUGAGUUUUUAGCCCAGGUUUCCAUGGUUUCAAGGUUGAAGCAUGAAAACUUUGUUCAAUUGCUUUGUUACUGUGUUGAUGGGAGCUCUCGUAUACUUGCCUAUGAGUUUGCAUCUAAUGGUUCCCUGCAUGAUAUUCUUCACGGGAGAAAAGGUGUCAAGGGAGCUCAGCCAGGCCCUGUUCUGACAUGGGCACAAAGAGUAAAAAUUGCUGUAGGAGCUGCGAAAGGGCUUGAGUACUUGCAUGAGAAGGCUAAUCCUCACAUCGUUCAUCGCGACAUAAAGUCCAGCAAUGUGCUAAUAUUUGAUGAUGAUGUGGCGAAGAUUGCAGACUUUGAUUUAUCUAAUCAGGCUCCUGAUAUGGCAGCCCGUCUUCAUUCCACUCGUGUACUUGGAACCUUUGGUUAUCAUGCUCCUGAAUAUGCAAUGACUGGGCAAUUAAAUGCCAAGAGUGAUGUAUACAGUUUUGGUGUCGUGCUGCUGGAGCUUUUGACCGGUAGAAAGCCUGUUGAUCAUACUUUACCUCGUGGGCAGCAAAGUCUUGUGACAUGGGCUACGCCAAGACUUAGCGAAGACAAGGUUAGGCAGUGUGUUGAUCAAAGACUAGGAGGAGAUUAUCCUCCCAAGGCUGUUGCCAAGAUGGCUGCAGUUGCUGCAUUGUGUGUGCAAUACGAAGCUGAUUUCAGACCAAAUAUGAGCAUCGUUGUCAAAGCUCUUCAGCCUCUGUUAAAUGCCCGACCUGGACCUGCUGGUGAAACACCAAGCACAUAACUUCAUGCGCCGCGGUCUUUCCAUCUCAAUUCCGCCUGCGCGCACGAAAGCAUUCACACGUUUUAAGCAUCCAAAAGUUGUAACAAGGGGACAAUUUUAGAAGGUGAUGAUAAAUUGUUUAUUCAAAGUUCCAUAUGCAUCAAUUACAUACUCGAUUCGAUUUGUUCAUAACGUGUGAGGUGUUCUUUUCUGGUUCUUGCAUAUAUGUUUGAUCGUCUUGUAUUUUCUUUGCUCUAGAAUUUAAUCAUAACCUCUCUUCCUUGAAUGAAA